CCCGCUGAGGCGUGCAAAGACUCCGUUUCCCAAGAUGCGGCGCGGCCUACGCAUGCGCGCUGCUGCGGAGUGGCUUUAAGGACUACAAACCGGCGGCCUGCGAUCGGGAGCGUGCAGCUUGCGAACUACAGAUCCCAGACGGCGGAGAUCCGUGAGGGGCAUGCGCGCCCCACUCCGCCACGGCUUUUUAAAUUUUUUUCACCCCCCCGAGCAAAAUGGCUGCGCGGGUCGAGCUGGAGAGCGACAAAUGUGGAGGAAAAGUGGAGGAGAAGAUCAGGGAGGAGAAGAUCAGGGAGGAGAAGAGGAAGAAGAAGCGCGAUAGGGAGGAGAGAACGGAGAAGGAGGCGAAGAAGGCGAAGCUGCAGCACCAUCACCACCACCACGACCAGUACCACCACCGAGCCCCCCAACAACACGCUCAACCACGGGGAGCCUUACCUCCGCAGCCGCAUCCCCCACCUCCUGCAGCAGCAUUAGCACCUCCACAACAACAACAGCCAUCAGCACAGAACCAGAACCAUCCCCAACCGCGCCACUCUGGCACCAAGGAACGCGGCGACCACCACCACCAUAACCACCACCACCAACAACACCACAACAACCACCACCAUCCACCUAACCACCACCAACAACACGGCCCCAAGAAAGCAGCAGCAGCAGCAACAGCCGCAGGAGCAGCAGCUCCAGCAGGAGCACCCACCUCCGCCGCUGCGCUCCCCUGGCCGCCCCGGAAGACUCCCCCUGCAGCGGCACGAGUGGCCCCGAAGGCGCCCGGGUCCGCACUCCCUCCGCCCGCCCCGCUCUUCACCUUCACCCCGCUCACCGUGGCCAAGGCCGAGCCUCGCCAGCGCAAAGAGAAGCGCGUGGAGAAGGACGGGAAGCUGAAGGCGAAGAAGGAGAACGCGGAGGCUAACGUUAACGUUAAAGUCCCGGAGAUCAGCGCCAAGAAGAAGAAGAAAGAGAGCCAUAACGAGAAUGGGAAAACUCAGAGUCUGGAAGAGUACCUCCUCAAGAAGAAAAAGAAGAAGAAACGGCAUCGAGAGGAUGAGCGUGGGAAGCGGCUGCGGAUGUACAACAAGGAGGUGCAGACUUUGUGCGCUGGCCUAACCGAAGAAGAUCCUCCCUCCACAGAUGAGCCGGCUGUUCUUUCCUACAUCAAAGAUGAGAAGCUCUGUCAGACCAGCGCUGGCUCGGAUGAAUAUCGUACACCCAAAGGGGUGCAGAUGCCUUUCCUCUCUCACCAAGACCAUUUUAUUCGCAGCUCCUGCCUGCAGACGGGCACCAGCUUCAGCAAGCUCAUACACGAAGAGAAGCAGCCCAACGGCGGGGCGUCUGUGCUGCACGCGUACGCCGAUGAGCUCUCGUUCCUUCGGCCCGGAGACACGGAGAGGUUCGCUCGGGAGUUUCUCGAACUGGCCUUCAGCGAAACUUCUAAAGGAGCGGCACGCUACGCGCUGUCCGUGGUACAUGGUGCUGCUGCCUACCUGCCUGAUUUCCUGGACUACUUUGCCUUCAACUUUCCCAACACGCCAGUUAAAAUGGAAAUUCUGGGCAAGAAGGAUAUUGAGACUACUACUAUUGCAAACUUUCACUCCCAGGUAAACCGAACGUACUGCUCCGGGACGUACAGAGCCGGCCCCAUGAGACAGAUCAGCCUAGUGGGAGCCGUGGACGAGGAAGUGGGUGAUUAUUUCCCAGAGUUCCUGGACAUGCUGGAGGAAUCGCCGUUUCUCAAGAUGACCUUGCCGUGGGGAACUCUGUCCAGCCUGAAGCUGGACUGCCGCUCGCAAAGCGACGAUGGACCCAUCAUGUGGGUACGACCAGGAGAGCAGAUGGUGCCCACAGCAGAUAUGCCCAAGUCUCCGUUUAAGAGGCGCAGAUCCAUGAAUGAGAUCAAGAACCUGCACUACCUGCCACGGACCAGCGAGCCGCGUGAGGUGCUGUUUGAGGACAGGACGAGAGCUCACGCGGACCACGUGGGCCAGAGCUUUGACUGGCAGAGCACGGCCGCAGUGGGAGUCCUGAAAGCGGUGCAGUUUGGAGAGUGGAGUGACCGACCGAGAAUAACCAAAGACGUGGUGUGUUUUCACGCCGAGGACUUUAACGACGUUGUACAGAGACUUCAGCUGGAUCUGUACGAGCCUCCUGUCUCACAGUGUGUUCAGUGGGUGGACGACGCCAAGCUGAACCAGCUGAGACGAGAGGGCAUCCGCUACGUCCGUGUUCAGCUGUGUGACGACGACAUCUACUUCAUCCCCCGCAACGUCAUCCACCAGUUCAAGACUGUGUCGGCCGUGUGCAGCCUGGCCUGGCACAUCCGCCUCCGGCAGUACCACGCAGACGACAAGGGCAAAGAGGAGGACGAGGAGAAGCCCAAAACCACUGAGGUAAAGCCUGAGGAGACACAGACCACACCCCCUCCAUCCGCCCCCUCCCCGCCCCGGCCCGAGGCUAAAACCCCGGAAAAAUCAUUGUGCACCACAGCGUUAAAAAAGGAGCCGGGCACCAAUUCGGUACCCAAGCCUGAGAAGCCUGUUUUCCAGAGGCCGGCCACGCCCCCCAGAGAGCCUCCUCCAGCCCCUCCUCAUCCGGCUACAUCCGCUCACGCUCCUCCCAGUCCAGCGCGUCCCGAUCGGCCCCCGGGUCCCUGUCCCCUCAGCGUCUCGUCUCCAGAGCCAGGGCUUCCUCAGGCCUCCCUCGAGCCGGGCCCUGACGCCCCUCAGAACAGCAGCACCGAGUGCGGAUCCACCGAUCUGCAGGAAUAGACCACCAUCUGAAACCCCUCUUUAACAGGUGGGCUCGAAUUUAUUUAAUAACCCUAACUGACUGACUGACUUUCAUUCCAAUAACGCAGUCGGACUGUCAAAAGAUACAGAUAAUAAGCAUAUUUGGACUUCCUGUAAGCUUACGAAGACUCUACAUAUAUAUACAUAUAUUUUUCUUUUUAAGCUUUUUGGUUAAGAAAUAACCCCGUUUAAAAAAAAAAAAAAAGAUGCUUUUUAGGUUUUUCUCAGCCAAAGUAUUUAAUUUUAAUAAUAUUUUUGCUGAUUUACUCAGUAUUGUUUUAUAUUUGUUUCUAUCUGAAAUGGAGAUCUCUGAAGAGGAACUUUUUUCGUAUCGUUUUCGUACCCUAACUGUGCUUCAUGUGGCUCAGCUAAUUGGUUUUUAAGAGAAAAAAAAACAAAACAAAACAAGAAGAAGAAGUGAAUUAAUAAAGAACUAAAUAAAUAAAAGUGCCUCUCACGUGUGGAGAACAGCAGUCGUGUCUCAAAAGAAAGAAAAUGGUCUCGUUCUUUUCCUCGGUCGUUCGUUUCACUGAAAUCUGCGUGGAUUAUUUCGCUGAAAUCAGUUGAAAAUGAUUUAGCUUUUUCAUCUCUGAACAGAAUUUGUUGUUCUGAUGUUCUGAUUUUGUGUGUUGUGCUGUUUUUAGCUCAGAAAGCGAACUAUUAUUUAAUUUUCCGGCUGUUUUAGGAACUUCAGUGAGAGAAGAGAGGCUUUGCUGAACCUGAUCUUACUUAAGUUUAUCCAGCACAGAGUAAACAGGGUGAAAUGGGUCUAGAGGGGCAGUUUGUAGCUUUCUGACGGUGAUGGCGUGCAUCUGUAAAAUAAUUCACUUCUUUAAUAUGAAUUUCUCAGGGUCCCUGGUGCAGGAGCCACUUGUGCUUUGUGCUGCUCGGUUUUUAUCUGGAAUUGGAAAUAGAUCUGGCACAGUUUUCGGCCUUAGGCCACAAUUAUUUGGUGCUUUUUUUGGCAGGAACUUUAGAACGUUGGAAAUUGCAGCUUGACUUGUAUACCAGUGUACUUACAGUGCACUAAUAGUGCAUUUUUAUUCACUAAAGCUUGCUCUGAAUUUGUUCUUUUUUAAUUGAGCUGAAAUUCUGAUCUGAAAGUGGUUCUUUUGUCUUUUCUGUGCAUACUGGCAAUAUUAAAACUGAUUUAUUACUGCAGAUUAGGCCUGUCACGACAAUUACAUUCCACGUUUAUCGAUUUACAGAAUGAUGACAGCGUGUUCCUUAGUCCUGGGCGAUAUGGGAAAAAUCAUAUAUCACGAUAUGGAAUUUUUUAUAUCACGAUAACGAUAUAUAUCAUGAUAUAUCACAUUUAAGUAUGUUUUCAGUUAUUCUUCGAAAAAUAUGACAAAAGAAUAUCAUUACUUACUUUUUUCCAACUUUAUAUAAAAAAGUAACAUUAUACCAAACUUUCACAAAUGAGAAUUACUACCUUUUAGUGCAGCAAUAUGUAUGUAUCAAAUGAUAAAACAAUAUUUUUUCCAAAUUAUACAGGUAUUUAAAUUGAGUUAUCCAAAUAAACUCCAUUAACAUUUUUUAAAGUGUCAGUCAAAUAACGUAAAGCAGCGUAGUGUCGCAAAACCACAUUAUGAAGCUUUUUUUUUUGUAAAGAUUACUUUAUUAUCACUUAUAUAAACCGAGUUUAUGCAAAGUGACCAUGCCAAUACAUUUCACCAUAGCCUACUUUAUAUAUUUGCAUUAAUAAUUGAUGAAAUUACUGUUUUACUGUUAUAUUAAUCGUCAUAUCGCACAGCUCUAGUGUUCCUAUUGAAAAUAUGUGGUCAGUAAAUCAGUCAGUCAGCUGUUCUGUAUCUUAUCUGACUGAAUCUAAUGAAGGAUAAUCCUUUAUUAAUCUAUUAAUCCAACAAAUCACACAAAAAUUCAGGUGUUCCUAAAUCUGUUCUGCGUCCACAGGUGUUUAAUAAUAAAAGCAGCAGCUAGGCAUGCUGGGAUUGCUGUGCAACAACAAGUCCAGUCGUGAAGUUUCACUACUAAGUUUUCCACAGCCAACUGUCAGUGACAUUAAUUUAAAAUUACAAUAUAAUUAUUUAUUGCAAUAAAUCCUAGAGAAGUUCGUCACUAGUUAAAAAUAAUUAUCGUAAUUAUCGUGACAGGCCUACCACUGAUAAAGAGCAAGUUUUUUAUUUUUUUUGGGGUGCCAAAAUGACUAUAAAUAACAAAUUCAUACAUAAUCUAAACCAUUUACAGGUGUACUACUGGUUCUUUGGUAUUCUCAGCACUCAGUCUGAGCAGAGCAACUACCUGAAUAAUAAAAGAUCUCAAGGUUUUUAUUUGUAUUAUUUAAGCUGAGCUUUUUCUAUUGCCUGUUUUCUGGCAAGCCUUUCUGGAUAACAGACGUGUCAGUGCUCAACAGUGUCCAAGCCAUUUAUGUACGUGAUCGAAGUAGUUCCUGAUUGGGCAGUUCUGUGGCUUUGUUUUUAACAUCUGUAUGGGCAAAACCAUAUAAACCAUACUAGUGCAUCUCAAAAAAUGUAUAUUAUCAUUAAAAAAGUUACUUUAUUUCAGUAAUUUAGUUUAAAAUGUGAAACCUAUUUAAACCCUUUCAGACUUUGCAUCCAUUACAAUGGAUGUAAUCAUGUCCAUGAACCAGCCAAUGAACAAGUUUAUAAACCAAUGAAACUGGUAAAUUGGCCGCGCCCACUGCAAAAAAAAAAAACACUGGAAAAUCAGUAUUACUAGAGCCAUUAAGGCAAAGUAACAGCUCAUUUUUACUAAUUUAAUGUGACUAAGAACACUUUUUAAUUAAUUAUUGAUUAUUUUUAUUAUAUAUAUAUUUUUUUUACUGUUUAGGGGUAGUUUAUGAAAUAAAAAGGUCAGAAUGAAAUAUAAAGUAUUACACACAGGCCUUCCAGUGCAAUAGAAAGAAAAAAACAAUUACAUUUUUUAGUUAAUUGGAUUUAUUUGCUAUAAAGAUUUUAUAAUAAAAUAAAAUAAAAAAAACGGCAUUCUUACAUUUUAGUCCAUCAUGGAUCAUGGAUAUAGUUUAGGUCUGAAAGGGUUAUUGUUGAUGAUUAUGGCUUACAGCCAGUGAAAACCCAAAAAUCAGUUAUUAUAUAAAAGACCAAGUGGUACUUUUGGUAUCAGUGUGGGCAGUGUGCCAAAUCCUGCUGGAAAAUGAAAUCCGCAUCUCCAUAAAAGUUGCAGUCAGCAGAGGAAAUUAUUAUUACUAAAAUAAAGUAACUUUUUAAUUAUAUUCUGAUCAUAUAUUUUUUUGAGAUGCACUAGUAUAAUGAUUAUACACUGAGACGGGAAUUCUGACACAGAAUUCCAAUGCAAUCUUGAUGCCGAUACAUAAACAUUUAAUACAAUUUUCUACAUCUUCCUGGAUCAGCAGAGAAGUGUUUUAAUUCUGUAUGUGUAUUUUCUACCCAUCUUGCUCUUCCAGUAACGUAUAAACACUUUUCUUUUUUUUUUUUUACAAUGUGAUGAGCGGCUCCAUUUCAUGAAGUAAAAGACUUUAUUGGACUUUGAGAUCUGAUGAAUUGUUCUAAUCAGGGCAGGCUAUGCUCUGAAUAUGACUUCUUCCAUUCUAACCUGGUUCCCUUCUCCAAAAUGUGGAAUAUUAUUUAUAAUAUAGUCUAUAUGUUAAUAGGAGAUUAAGCGGGAAUGUCCUGUUUCUUCUGUGGUUGAAUUAAAAUGUCCCUAGUUAUUAAUGAAGAGCAUCUGUAGGACUGUACAGUCUGAAACGGUAGUUUCGAAGUGCAUAUAAGUCAGUGCUGUUUAUUAUUUUGGAUUUUAUAAACUAAAGUUGUAUGUCUACUGUUAUUUGCACAUGUUGAUAUGUUUCUCUCUCUCUCCCCAAAGCGGUUAUGUCUUAACGUGAGCUUUUUAAAGCGUAGCCUCGACUUUAAUGUCCCUCUUUCUUUUUUUUUCUUUUUUUUUCUUUUUUUUUCUUUUUUUGUAUAUUUAUUCCCGACCAUUUUUUUAUUUUAUUUUAUUUUUUUGUUUAUUUGUUUAAAAAAAAAACUGACUGUGGGCGUCAUCCACACACACCUACAAGUAGAGGUGGGCAAUAUGAUGACUAUAAAAAUGACAGACUCUUAAACACUACUGCACAAAAACUGUCUAAAACAUAUAGGGCUGCACAAUAUUGAAAAUAACUGACAUUGCAAUAUUUUUGUUACAUGAUUUUUGUUUUUGCAAUAAAAAAAAACGAAUUUUUAAAUUUAAUCAUUUUUAAUAAUUUUAUUACAAUCCAUAAGCCAACAAAAAGUAAAGACAUUAUUAAUGCACUCUGUGUAUUUAUUAUUAGAAUAUAUAGUAAAUAUAUAAAUAUAUAAAUAUAGAGUAAAUAUAUAAAAUGGGUAUUGAGGGCACCAAGUGGUCCAGCAGUCUAAAACAUUUUUUAAAAUGUGCUUUUUAUACUAUGACAAUUUUUGUUUUAUUAAAUUCAACCAAUAUUUAAUGAUAUAUUGUAUUGUAUCCCCUGUAUCGUGAUACUUAUUAUAUCGCCAAGCUCUAGCCAGUACAUAUACGAUAUAUUGUGCAGCCUUAUGUAGUUUCUUUUGAUCUGUUUUUUUUUCUGUUUAAUUAUAAAAACAUACAUGCUUAUACUUAUCACACUGUUUUUGUAAAGGAAAUCUGUAUUAAUCCAUAACUCAGUCUUUUUUAAGCACUGACUGUGAUAAAUUGUUCUCAGAUAUCGUUAAAUCGUUGUAUUGCCCACCCCUGCCUACACUGCAAAAAGGGAUACCUUAGCAAGUGAAAUCCUCUUAAAUCUAUUCUAUAAAACUAACAUUUUCAUUACUAUUCUGUUACUUGUUUUAGGUGAUUUAAUCUACUAAAAGUGUCUUGAUGUAUUGGCAGAUCAUUUUGCUUAAUUCAGGAAGUAACUAAUAUAUACAAUAAAUAAUGCUUAAAACGUAGUAAAUAUAUUUGCCAGUGGACUAAGAGACUUUCAGUACAUUUUACAUUUCUUAAAACAAGUAAAAUGUUAGAAAUAAGUUAAAUAUUCUUAAAAAAAAACUGACAAGAAUACAAAAAGUGAGGAAUAUCAGAUAUUUAAUUUACCGUAUUUUUUGCACUAUAAGGUGAACCGGAUUAUAAGGCGCACUAUGAAUAAACAUCUGUUUCCUACACAGAUUUCUCUAAAGUAAAGUGCUUCUGUUUAUUUACAGUAAUCUUAGAUUUCCAGAUUUACACUAAGGCUGGGUGCAGCAGCAUUAGCAUUAGCAGAUAACUGCAAGUAAAGGCUACCCGACACCGCUACACUGAGGUACUACGUAGAUUGUUUUAACACAAUAAAAACACGCAGACUACAGUCUGAUAUCCUCGCCUCUAAGCGGCGAAAGAGCUAGCAUUUAGCUUGGUUAGCGGCUAAUGCUAAUACUGCUCCAGCAGUGCAAGCUGCUGUGGUUAGCAGCAUGCUAACAGACGAUAAUACCUCAAAAUGUCGAAAAAGCUAAUUAGUGCUUAGCACUGAUAGCUCUGUUAGUAAUGCUAAUACUGCUUCAGCCUUAGUGCUGGAGAAACUUCACUGAAACUCCUGUAUAACACUGUACUUACAACAGAGUUAUACAACAUGCAUAAGGAAAACCAGAUUAUAAGAUGCACUGAUGAUUUUUGGGAGAAUUAAAAGAUUUUACGUGCGCUUUUUUAGUGCGAUAAAUACAGUUUAACACGAUUCAAGAGGGUUUGAUCUGCUAAAGUUUGAGUUUUUGCUGUGUAUAAUGUAUAAGGAUUGGAAUGUAACUCAUCAAUGUCACACCAGCAAGAGAAUGAAUCCUCUGGCUUGCUGCACGGGUCACUCAGAAGAGGAUCCUCAGUGUCUUUCUCUGAUCCAGCGAUUGCCUCCUAGAUCUAAUGAGUGCCUUUUAGCAAGUCGUAUUCUCGGUGCACGGUGUUCUGUCCACGCUUCCUUCUUCCAGACGCUCGGAGGCGCUGAUUACACGGAGCUGCGCGGAGUCGAGCAAUAAUUAAUGUCCAUGCAUCACUCGGCUAGACCUCAGUAAAUCAGUAAUGAGCCUCUCUCGUCCUCUCGCUCGCUCUCUCGCUCUCUCACACGCCGGGGUUAAAUAUCUCACCUACUUUAACUAAUGAAGGACGUUUCCUGAUGUUUGUGCAUCACCAAGAGGAUGACCAAGAAAUGGUUGUCCCUCUAAGAAGGAGAAAUGAAUAAAGAAAUAAAAAAGAAAGCAGCUUCUGCAGUGUGCAAUACAAUAACCUCAUCAUCUUUCACAUUCAUAUUUCAUUCAAACCCAGAGACGAGGUGAACAGCCAGCGCCAGCUCGUCAGCGCUCGUCUCCGUCUAAAAUAACGCUUCUAAUUAUACAUCAUCCUCGCCAGGCAUCGACCGUUACACAAUUCAGGACUUUCACUCUCGCAGGAUUUCAGGAGGAGAGCUGUCGAGUUCAGGAGACGUCACUUCUUUUGUACAAUGAUGCAUUUUCUGGGAAUAAAAUGCCCGUUUCUCUCUUUUUCCCCCCAUGUUUUCCCCCUUUUAAAAAAAAUAAUAAUAAUAAUAAUCCUCUCAAGGAUUCUUCUUUCUAAGCACUUGAAGCUAAUAAAUAUUUUUUUUUUGUAUUAUUAUUUGGUCACAUACACAUAUAUAAUAAAUAUAUAUGGAUAUAUAUAUUAUAUAAGGAUAAACAUCGACACAGUGUGUGUGUGCUGUGUUACGUCUGACUACUGGCAGCUAUACUUUGUUUCCUUUGUUUCCUUUUUUUGUUUCGUUUUUUAAUUGUCAUUGUUGUUAUUUAAAGUUUUCGAUUGUUCUUUGUACAAUAGGAAUCCGCUACGGAAUCAAGGCAUGCUUUGUGUGGGUUUCGUUCAAUAUCAUUAAUUGCUGUUGUUGAUGUUUGUAUUAAGAUGAUAUUAAGAUAAUAUUAAGAGGUCUCCAUUUUCGUUGAUUUUUCCUUGGUUUUAGAUUCUAUUCUGAACGGACGUAGUCCAUCAUAAACACGAGUCGUUUUUUUAUGUAAAUAAUCGGUGACAUUUAAUAGAACUGUUAAUGUGGAUAUUCUUAAUCAUGUGUAUAAAAACAACAUACAAUGGAAUGCAUAGACUUUUUCUGUAUUUUUUUAAAAUAAAUCAUUUUAUGAGUGUAA